CAUAUAAUGUUCGUAAACGAGGUAGAGAUAUAAUCUGAGCCAAGCCGUAGUUGCAGACCAAGGUCUUGGUGCUUUUGUGUUUUCUCGCACGCUGAUUCGCUGCAGAGUGCUGAAGAGGCAUGCCCCUCAUUUUGAAUGAGAACGUGAAUGAAAGUAACUAUCGUCUGGGUAUACUCGACCAAAUACGCGCCCAGAGGUCAUAUGUGACCGAUUGUCGCCUUUGCUUCGGGGAUGACUUGGAAGUGGCAAGAGAUACAAUGGAUGCCUGGUCUAUGUUUCUGUGGAGAGAAUUGUUUUUAUGGUAGGGUAUCCGAGUAAAGAAACCUGUACACGGGAUGCGUGGCGAGCUUCUCCCUUGAAUUCCCUCCAUGCUUCCACCCUGUCCUGUUGUAGUAAUCUACGAAGGGCAUAUCAUCACAUGGGCUAUCUGGUGGCACGGUGACGCUGGGUAAAAAUAGCAGCUUUGGCACAAUAGCAGCCGUUGGUCCUGCUUUUCAUCUGGCCUCCCAACCUGAACUUGGUGGCCGCUGUACCCGUGUCCGCCAUC